CAGUCCGGAUCAGACAUGCAGCAGUCUGUGGAGGCUGUCCGCCUGCUGGAGUCCUACAGAGGCAGAGACAAAGUUAUCAGGACGAUCUGUUAUGGCUCUCAGCUGGUUGGAGGAGCUCUCUCCAGGGGGGCAGAAUUGAACAGUUCGUCAUCCCAGCAGUUUGGAAAAAGUCUGCUGCUGUUUUCUGCUCAGCUCAGCCACUGCCGGACGGUGCUAAGACUGUUUGACGAUCUCUCCAUGCUGGCCUACUCUCACAGCUACGGGCUUGGAUCUGGGGAGGAGGAUGCAGGUGUUCGCUGGAUAUCAGUACUGAGCAAUGUGGCGGACCAGCUCUACUACCCCUGUGAACACAUUGCCUGGGCUGCAGACGCGGAGCUCAUCCGUGUGAAGUCUGAUAAAUGGUGGCUGUUCAGCACCGUACUGUGGGGAACUUCGCUGAUGCUGGGUAUCCUCAGAUCACUCAGAGUUCUGCUGCUGCUGAAGAAGAAGUUGAGGAAAAGCAAGAGGGACGGACAGUAUAGCAGCCGCUCUCAGCUCCACAGACAGAUGCAGUUGGAGAUCCUCUCUAUCUUCAGUGGGAUGGCUGACCUUAGCAAUGCGAUCCACUGGAUGCCGCCUGGCUUUCUGUGGGCUGGACGUUUUCCCAGCUGGCUGGUGGGACUGCUGGGUACCAUCUCCUCUCUGAUUGGUUUGAUCCAGAUGAAUGUCACUAGCACUGGAGGGGAUUCAUCACAGUGAGGAUGAAAAGUGAUUCUUUGAUGAGUGCUGAAUGAAUGAGGGAUACUAGAAAAGAUUCAGAGUAGAUCUUUGAUUCCAUCAGGUAGACUUUAGACACUAAUUACAAUUAUGACGCAUCUUGGACAUUAAAACUAUUUGGCCCUUUUGCUGCAUUGUAAAUGAUUUAGUUAAUAUGUUUGCAGUAAUUUGCAUCUGAAAAUGUAUUUUUUUUUUUUUUUUGUAUAUUUCAAUAUUUUAGUGAUCAGACGGUGGGAGUUAAAAAAAAUACUGCAACAUUCAUUGGUCAAGUUUUCUGCUGUUCAGUUUUCUCUAUGUGUUUGUAUAUGCUGAUCAACAUGUUUAUACAAUAAAGAAGUAUCCAAAAUCUAAAGUUCAUAUCCCCUUGACCAAUAAAAGCCCUGAUAACUCAGUAAGAUGAUGGGUUUGCAGGAAAGGGAGGCAUAAAAGUCAGAAAGAAGCAUUUAAACACACAGAUUGAAGUAACAUGGUGCACAAAGUAACAUUUAAGAGGUUUUUUUUAACCCUUUUGGGAGGGUUUGGAAUCUAAUAUUUUGAAAAGAAACAAUGUCACAUCAGGAAUUGACAAUUAUAUGCUAGAAUUACAGAAAAAUUGUGUUAUGAAAAACACUUCUUUCAGAGUCCAUGAUGAAUUCAUUCAGUUCAAAAAGCUGUGAAUUUACUGUCAUUCCUUAUUAUGAUUGUUCAGACUGCCUAAAGUAUGUAACAUCUGUACUCAGUAGCAGUCAGUUUAUUUAUCCUCAAGUCACUGAAUUUUAAGCAGGUUAAAUUGGUUGCGGUUUGAUUUUUUUUUCAUUUAAUUUGUAAAAAUCUGUUCUAAUGGUCAAACUACACAGAAACUGGCUGAUGUUUUUUUCAAUUGUGAAAUCAUUUUAAAAUUCAAAUAUUGUCAUUAAAGGUUUUGAUUUGCA